UUUUCCGUUUGUUCUCAAGGUUGUGUUCAUGUAUAUUUUGUUACCGUAAGAUUAUUUUUGACAAUUAUGUCGCGGGGAGCUUCGAAAGUCGGAGUGGAUGCCUGCGGCGAUUGUGAUGCACCGGAUCCAACGUGGGCUUCAUUGAACCGAGGUCUUUUGUUAUGCACGGAAUGCGCAUCGGCACAUAGAUCACUCGGGAGGCACAUUUCUCGGAUCAAAUAUUUGAAACGGGGCUUCUGGAGUGCGUCACAACAGAACAUGGUUAUUUCCUUACACGCUGACGGAUUAGCAAAUGCAAUUUGGGAGCAUGUACUUCAUGAAUCUACCAAGCUGACAAUACCGAGAUCCAGUGCGGCCUCGCGAAAACCUACGCCCCAUUCUCCUUUACCGAUAAAGGCUGAAUUCGUAUUGAAUAAACACGGCAUGAGUGCCUUCGCUGUCAAGUCUGAUAUGAGGGUUGAAAAUGGAGAUGAAUUGAGUAGGCAGCUUUACGCAGCUGUGCAGACACCGAAUUUGGAAGUCUCUCUUCGAUUAUUAUAUCUUGGCGCUGAUCCUAACUACUUUCAUCCGUCCACGUUGAAUUGUCCGGUUCACGUUGCGACGAAGGCUGGGCAAGCGGACCAAAUCGAACUUCUGGUCGUUUACGGAGCUGAUGUCACUGUUCUUGAUGGAACUAAUGGAAAGACCCCGGUGCAAAUAGCGAGAGAUUCAGGAGACGCAAAACUAGUCUUGAGACUAGAAGAGCUCGAGUAUGAAGUCAGCGACCGUCUCGCUUAUUUCGUAUGCGGGAAAAGAGCUGAUCACGUGAAUGGUCAACACUUCACGAUUCCUCAGUUACCAGGAAUGACAACAUUGCCUCCGGAAAGUGCAAGAACUGCUAGGCAGCGUUUGCAAGAGCUUUCCAACAUAAAUUUAUCGCACUUGGCGUUGGACUUGCAAGACGAAGUGGAUAGGCGUGAACUCGAGUCAGUUCAAAUGUCGCUGUCGACAACAGUGCGUGACGUGAUAUCCGUGCCUCAGCUGCCGUGGCACCCAGGAGUGUCGAAGGCGAGAAACGAGUCCCGUCAGCGUUUGGCGUCACUGUCACAUGCCAAUUUGUGUCUCCUCAUCAUUGAUUGCCUGGCGGAGGCGAAACGGCGUCGGGACACAGCCCGUCUUGGUGCGAGUCAAUCUCAGACCUUGGAGAUGAAACGUGGCGGACUUCCAGAUGCCAAGGGCAAUGUCGUCGUCGUGAAAGGUUCCACAUGGUCGGCGUCGUCGCAACGAGCUCAUUUAUCGUCAUAUCAUCCUAUGGAAGACGGUGACGCGGACUAUGAUGAGCCAUGUAACGACUCUGUCGCUUCCGAGGACGAUUACGCCAUUGUGGACAAGGAGAAAAAACUCUCGAUUCGAAGCUCGAUUCCACCAAGAGCGGAACCACUGAAUCAAAGGGGCGAUAAUGUGGACAAACAAAGGGUUGUGGUGCUGGAGGCGAAGCUGAAGGACUCUCUGCGCACGAUUGAUGAACUGAUGCUGAAUAAUCGACAAUUGAAUGAUCAGGUUUCUGCGAUGCAAAGCAGGAUUCAUCAGUUGCUUAGUGAAAACCAGUCUUUGAGAGGAAGACGAGGCGGAUCAGCGGAACCGGCUUUUAGCGACGAGAAGCGGAAUUUAUGGCAGAACUCGCCAGUGACUUCGCAAUAUUUCCGCCAAUCGGGCACAUCUUCAGACAUUCCUCAUCCGCACGGAUUCCUCUCUGGCCAAUUUUUGUCUAGUGAUGGCUCGAAAGCCGGGGCCACUGGUGUUCAGCGGUCGAAUAGCCUUCAUUUGCAUCAACCUAGACCCAGUACGAUGUUCGAAACAACUUCACCGAAAGUUGGACUGGCGGACGCUGAUAAAGCUGGCGGCACUUCUUCGGAUUCAUUGCCUUCUAACGAAGAAGUUCAGAAGGCUAUUCGUCCUGUCACUUUGGGACUCCAGGAGGUGACUGCUUUCAUCAAAACUAAGUGUGAUGCGAAACAAAGGGAAGAUAACGAUGCCGAGGUCUUCAAGCAAACUGUGCACAAGGUUCACCAAGCCGUGAUGAAUUUGAUGAUCGCUUUUCCCAAGCCACCAGUGGAAGGAGCCAUGAAGGACGCCACAAAGAAGCUAAUUGCUGCUACUUCAAAACUGAUGGACCUGGGUGAUAAUUGGGGAGAAAACGUGUCGGCGCCGUUGAAAUUCGACGUUGCCAGUUUGCGUGAUUCCGUGAUUUCGUGUGCUUUCGAAGUGGCGAAGGCUACCAAGGAAAUAUUCACCUUGGUCGAGCAACAAAGACUGGGAAUCGCGAAUGAACAUAUGGAAGAGUUGUUGAAAGGGUGUCUCGGUGUGAAGACGGUUCGUGCAACUGGAGGUGGAGGCGGUGGAUGCAUCAACGACGGAAAUAUUUAUGAAAUUGAUGGAGGGAAGACAAUAUUCUUCAAAGUUAAUCACAAGGAUAAGGCGAAACUAAUGUUUGAGGGAGAAUUUGAAGGACUGAAAGCAAUGGAAGCAACAGAAACUGUUCGAGUUCCUCAUCCCAUACAAGUGGUGGAUAUCCCACCGAAAGGAGCCGGACUAAUCAUGGAGGUCCUAAGCUUUGGCGGACGCUGUUCCAAGAGCCUCCUCGGUCGUCAACUUGCAAUGAUGCACAGACACAAUCGAGAUUUAAAAGCAAAAAGUGAGGCAUCCGAAAGUCACAUAACCAAGGAGCGGAUCGCAUUUGUCGACAAGUUUGGGUUUCAUGUUCCUACGUGCUGCGGUUAUUUGGCUAUGGAUAACACCUGGGAAGACGAUUGGAUAAGAAGACUGCAAGUGCAGGUUGAUAUGGUCUUGAAAGAGACCGGGAAUGUGCUGAACUUUGGUCCAAAUUGUCAAUCAAAUUGCCCACAUUUUUCUGUGAUUUGCAAGUCAUCCCAAGUUUGCUCCAUGGAGAUUUAUGGAGUGGAAAUGUUGGAAGUGCUGAUGGUGUUCCAGGCAAUGAUAUUUGAUCCAGCCACGUUUUAUGGCCAUUCGGAGUAUGAAGUUGGAAUCAUGAAAAUGUUUGGAACUGGUGGAUUUGGAACUGAUUUCUUUGAUGCAUAUUUUGAAAUUUUACCAAAAGAACCUGGAUUUGAAGAGCGUGUGCAACUUUAUGAGCUUUUUCAUCACCUAAACCAUUGGAAUCACUUCGGAUCAGGGUACAGAAGCGGAGCCCUUGGUAUCAUGAGAAACCUGUUGAAUGAUUUCCUUCUGUUCUCCGGGUUCUCCAGAGGAUCUGUGCAGAUCCAAAGCUUGUUUAACUUCCACGUCGUAGUCAAUAGGAAGUGCGGAAGUGGAUUCUUGUUGCAGUCUUCGAAUGCCAUCGAUCACUGUGGAACACAUUUUCUCCAGGUCAUAGUCAUGACUCCAGCCCCAGUCUCGACGGGCAGUUUCAUAGCUGAUGACACCAGGGAAUCGAAGACAACGGAAGUCCAGUCCAUAACGUUCGUGGUAAUACUCUCCAAGCAACUCGGUGUGCACCUUGGCGACUCCGUAAAUUGUUCUAGGGCGCUGGAUGGUGAAAUCCUGGACAUUCUCCAGGGGUGUUGUUGGUCCAAAUGCACCAAUGGUGGAUGGUAUGAAAACGCGGAGUUUAUGAGUCCUGGACACCUCCAGGAUGUUGUGGACUCCUGU